GUCUCCCCGUCCCGCUCCCCGCAACAUGCAAAGCGUUGACGUCCCCCUCGCAGCAACCUCCGCCCGCUGGAUCCGAGCUCCCUCCCUCCCUUCCUUCGACCCCAAACAAAAACCCCACCGGACGAUCAGGAAUCGCUCUCCCCUCUCCACCACCACCAUUCCACCAACGACUCCUCACCUUCACCUCUCCUAGCUAGCUAGCUAGCCUCCGCUCGCUUCGGUCCAGCGGCGACGAGCGCGACGUCGGGAUGAACGCCGGUGCCCCGCCGGCGCCCGGCCGGUUCACCCCGGGCGACGGCACCUCCGUGGGCAUGUUCAGCUCCGACCGCAUCGGCGGCUUCGGCUACGGCGUCGGCGUCUCCGUCGGCAUUCUCCUCCUCAUCACCACCAUCACGCUCGCCUCCUACUUCUGCACCCGCGCGCCCCCGCCCGGCCCGGAGGCCGCCGCCGACGCCGAAGGGACGGCCCGGCGAAGGCGGCGUGCGCGGCGCCGCGAGGGCGGCGGCGACAACGAUGGCGGCGGGGCAACCGGCGACGACGUCGACGUGGAGCUCGGCAUCGACGAGGCCACGCUCAAGGGGUACCCGGAGGUGGUGUACGGCGAGGCGCGGAGGAGCAAGAACAGGAAGCUGGGCACCACCUGCACCUGCUGCUCCGUGUGCCUCGACAACUACGGCGACGGCGACGUGCUCCGCAUGCUGCCGGACUGCGGCCACCUGUUCCACCGGGAGUGCGUCGACCCCUGGCUCCGGAAGCACCCGACCUGCCCCGUCUGCCGGACCUCGCCGCUGCCCAGCCCCUUGCCCACGCCCCUCGCGGAGGUCACGCCGCUGGCCAUGACGAGGCUGUCCUCCUGACACCACACAGAGGUUCUUGCGUGGUUUUAAUGUUCUUGCUCUUUUCUCGUUCCUUUUUCUCUUGUUUUAGAAAAUUGGGAUUGGUGAAAGAAAAGUUCAGGUUAGGAAUCAAUUAGAAGUUUCUUUUGUGAUCUGGGGUGUAAAUCCGGUUUCAGCUUAGUUUCACUUCUGAUGGAAAUGCAAGUCAGCCUAGCAUUCUGUCCUGAAUCCUGAUACAAAUGGUUGAGAGUUCCCCGAUCAGAAGUUCAGAACAUGUGCUCAAAGAGGGAUUAUUACUUGACAUUAGCAAAUUGGGUGUCAAUGUCACAAUGUAGAGUAGGUUGUCUUGAAUAUACUGAAUCAAA